AGUGGUGGAGAUCCAAGAAGGGAAGACAACUAUAAUUGAAGGCCGUCUCACAGCGACUCCCAAGGGCAGUCCAAAUCCUCCUAACCCCUCUGGCCAGUGCCCCAUCUGCCGUUGGAACCUGAAGCACAAGUAUAACUAUGACGAUGUUCUGCUGCUUAGCCAGUUCAUCCGGCCUCAUGGAGGCAUGCUGCCACGAAAGAUCACAGGCCUAUGCCAGGAAGAACACCGCAAGAUUGAGGAGUGUGUGAAGAUGGCCCACCGAGCAGGUCUAUUACCAAAUCACAGGCCUCGGCUUCCUGAAGGAGUUGUUCCGAAAAGCAAACCUCAACUCAACCGGUACCUGACGCGCUGGGCUCCUGGCUCCGUCAAGCCCAUCUACAAGAAAGGCCCCCGCUGGAACAAGGUGUGCAUGCCCGUGGGGUCACCCCUCCUGAGGGACAAUGUCUGCUACUCAAGAACACCUUGGAAGCUGUAUCACUGACAGAGAGCAGGGCUUCCAGAGUUCCUCCUGCACCUGUGCUGGGGAGUAAGAGGCACACUCAUAAGCCCUCGGCCACAACUAUACUCCAGACCACGAUGGCCUGGCCCCUUCGACAUGGAUGGACAGGGGACAGUGGGACUAACUUCAGUACCCUUGGCCUGCGCAGUAGCAAUGCUGGGAGCUAAAGGCAGGCAGGGCAGUUGGGUCCCUUGCCAGGUGCUGUGGGGCUUGGGCCAUGCUCAGUGCUGGGGACAGGAGUUUUUCCCAAUACAGUGUCAUAAACAUUGAGUUGUGGACUCGUGGGCUUACCCACUGGGUGUGUGCUCACUGCUUGGGAAGUGCAGGGGGUUCUGGGCACAUUUCCAGUUCAGUGCAGAGUGUUGAGUCACUGAUCUCUUGUGAUGGGGCCAAUGAGUCAAUUGAAAGGAAUUCAUGGGCCAAACAGGUCCCAUCCUCUUCAUGA